GAAAAUAAUGAAACUGAUGCUUUAACCAUAGUUGUCCAAAAUCGCUGGCGAUCUUUUUAUGUGACAGAAAGCUAUAUGGCUGCUAUCUACACUGGAAUUCUUAUUUUUUCUUGCAUUCAGCAUUAGUCUCUCGGACUGACAACGACGAAAUUCUGCUCACAGAUGGGACACAAAAGGAAAGCCGGUGCUCUCAGCCAAUGUCUGAAUGCUGGUCCACCGGAGAAGCAGUCAAAGAAUCAUGACCGCCCCGUUAAGAUUGAGCGCGGAGCCACAAGCGCAAAUGCGCUACCUGACACCAAUAAAAUCCAGUCUCUGUUGGUCGAGCUGCAAAAUCUCGUCGCCGAGGUGAUUAAAGGUGUCGGGCCCGUCCAGGAUCAACUCGGAGGAGUUGGUCGCGAUCUACUGAAAACAGCGUCCCAGAUCGAACGAAGAUUGGCACAGGCCACAAGCACAUACCACUGCCAUGCUGGUAAAUCCUCUCAAGUGACAGAAAAGGCACCAAGGACGUCGCCAGAGGACAAGGCGACACAUCUGCCGGUUUUGCCUCUUGUAAGAGACCCGGCAUUGGAACAAGCGGCAUUUAGGCAUCCAGGAGUUGUGAAGGGCCAUGAAGGAGAUACUAGCACCUUGAAUUAUGACAGGCUAGAAAUACUCGGCGAUGCGUACCUGGAGCUCAUGGCUACCAAGCUCAUUUGGAACCGAUUUCAGAAUCUGCCCUCGGGGCGAAUAUCACAGCUGAGAGAACUCCUGGUGAAGAACGAAACGCUCGCAGAAUUCGCGACAUUAUACGGUUUCGACCGCAGGGCAGCGGUGCCAGAGGAGAAUAUCAAACAGCCUAAACGUUGGACAAAGACGAAGGGGGACAUCUUUGAGGCCUACGUUGCUGCCGUCAUAUCGUCUAAUCCCACCAGUGGCUACGAAGAAGUAGAGAAUUGGUUAUCCCAGCUAUGGUCCCCCAAACUUGAUUGUUUCCUUGACACGAAGCCGACUCUUCAGUCGAAGGAGCUUCUUGCGAAGAAAAUAAUGGGCAAAGGUAUCAAACUCAAAUAUGUCGAUGAACGGCCGCCUGUUCAGCUCUUAGGAGGCAUGCAGACAUUCUAUGUCGGUGUGUAUCUCACAGGCUGGGGUUGGGAGAACCAGCACUUGGGUUCAGGCCAAGGCCUCAAUAAGGCCAUUGCUGGAGACAAUGCUGCGCGUGAAGCUCUACUAAACAAACCGCUGAUAGACGAGAUUGCUGCUGCAAAAAGAGCACAUAAUAAUUCGGAAGCAAAGGCUUCAGGACAUGUGGAUUACUAGAUGCGGUUAGCUUUGCUGUUACUGGUUUAGCGCUAUAAUACGCUAUCAAAAGACGUGACUCCGCCGUCAUAUGAUUUGCACUUCAUCCCACUUAUCGCUCUUCUGAAUUACCCUCAAAUCAUUCGCACUUCAUCCCACUUAUUGCUCUUCAUCCUCAAAUCAUUCGCACUUCAUCCGCAAAUCAUUCGCACUUCAUCCGCAAAUCAUUCGCACUUCAUCCGCAAAUCAUUCGCACUUCAUC